GUAGCCUUAGGAAAAGUGCCGCGUUGUUCCAAGUUCGUCUGGGAUUUUUUCAGCGUGCGAACAUAUCUCUAUAUAAUUUCGUUGCUUGUUAGUUAAGUUGGUGUUCGUAACGGGACAAGGGUCAAGUGAAUUGAGGUUUAAUAGUGUGGUAAAAGACGAAAUAAAUGAAAUAACUUCGUGAAAUAUUAUUACGAACAGGCUAUGGACCUGGGAGAGGUCGCGUGCUCGAACGGCAGAUGUCGGUAGCGUCAAAACAGUAGGACAGCGUAUAGACACCCUGCAACGGGAUCGUGUUUUUCUGAGGGUUAUUUUUCCCGUUUUCCCGGAAAAACAACGUACUUUCCCGAGAAUUUUCGGCCUCAGAGGAACUAACAAAAUGUAACGUGGAGGCAAAUGGUAUUUCAGGAGCCCAAUGUGGGUGGAAGUGAGAUGGCAUCCAGGGAGAAGAGACCCUUAGCGCCUUCAAAAUCAAAGCACAAGGCGAAUAAUGACUCUGGCUUGCCAUCCACCGAUAGCAGAAGUAAAAAGGGCAAGUCACUACCUACCCCAAGGCAGCAGCAACUCGCGCGCGACAUUUUAGAAGCAGUGGCAACGGUUAGUCAGCUGCCGCCCAAAUUGGAAGCAAGUCUGCCGCGCAAGAAGGUCCUGAAAAACCUGAAACGUAAACAGAAACUCAGAGCUGUAAAAGCAAACCUGAUAAAGGUUAAAGUAGCCAAGAAGGUACCUAUCAAGUCUCUGAGAAGAAUCAAUCCCGACGUUAAGAAAGGUGUAAAACCGAAAAAAUUACGAAGAUCCGAAGACACGGAUACGAAAAUCAGCGAAGUCAGCACAAAGGCCUUGGAAAGUGACAACGAGGAAAACGCUGAAGGACUCGCUAGGGGCACCAAAAAUAAUCUCAGAGCCAAGAGAACGAAAACGUUAAAGGGCACUGAAGAAAUUGACACAGCAGAACCUGAGGAUAAAGAGGUAGAAACCGGAGGUAAUAUAAAGACCAGUCCAAAAUCCGGCAGGAGAGUGAAAACGAUAACAAGGAAGUCCACAAAUAUCGAACCUGAUUUCACAGAGGAUAACAAAUCCGUGGACGCCAAACUAAUAAAGUUAACUGGACUCAAAAGAAACACAAGCAAGGAUCGCGAAAGCCUGCCGAAAGUUUCAGAAGUCGAAAUUAGAAGUCCCAAAGGUAAGAGAAGUCUUAAGGAAGUUGAAAUAAUUGGAGCUGUAAGAGCCGGAGGUGCUACAGAGACUAGGGCCAGGUCGCUCGUAGAUAAAAAUUCAGUUGAUCUCACCAUUGACGAAGUGAUAGCAUCGAUGAUCGGCGACCCGGAUCUCGAGGAUCACCAGAGAGCAGUGGAGAAGAUAGAGGGUAAGCUGACGAGGAGCAGGAAGACUUUACUGGGUGAGAAACUUCUGUCCGAGGGUGAGAUCAAGAAGGAGCCAGAUUUCGACGAGGGUAAGACUGCCUCUGAGGAAGAGUGCGUAGAGGGUGAAGAAGAUAUUCAGCAGCAGAAGCUAAGAAAGAGAUCAAACGUAGGACUAACGUCAAGGAGUCUACGAAACGGUAAACUGCGACAACUAUCUGAUUCGGGAAUACCGGCAGAGUUGGAUGUCAAGAAGCGUCGUAGACUUAAUUCGGACGACCCCGUUAUUUCAGACACUUGCGCCGAGUCCGUAUCGGACGACAACAUGGACGCCGAGUCGUGCUUCUACGAAUCCAGCGCAGGAGAAUCGCAGGACGGGGCCGGGAAGAACGAGGUAUCGGCUAUCAAGGACGACAUGCAGAAGAGCUUCGAGGACGCCCUUGAAAAUGGAGCAGAGAUCGAGAACAACAACAACAGCGAGCGCGGCGAUAGACCUGGUGAAGUUGGCCCGACGUUACGUUCGAAAACGAAAGCCAGGAACUCUGAGAACGACACCAAAGUUGAAGACACAAAAGACGACCUUAAAGUAUUGUCGAAGAGUUCAGAAGCCCAGGAUGACGCAAAGAAGUCGUCAAAUGCGGAACAACCUCGCAAGGACGCUGUCCUGGCAAAACUAGCUGACAAACCCAAAAGUCGUAGAAGCAGUCUUAACCUGGAAAUGAAGAAGACCGUAAGCUCCUUCUACGGGAAUGAAAAGAGCGACGGUAACUCUAAGUCCCAGAUUGAUCAGAUGAUUGAGAACAUCAAGCUGACCAUUGCGAAGUCUAUCGAGAGUAAAAUAUUCGGUCCUGAGAAGAGUCUUUCGUUAAACAAGAACUUCGAGGUGCCUAAAAUUGAAGAAAUCGUAGCGCCUCUUAGCGCCGAGUCGCAGAAACUUGGUCUCGAUGACAAUACCGAGGAGGAUAAGCCUAAUAUCUCCAAGAAUGAAAGUAAAUCAGAGGGAUCAGAGAAUUCGGUGCCUAAAGUUGCUGACACUGCCAAAGAGAUCGAAAAACUAGUCAUGGGUGACAUGGAAUUGGUGGACACGCAGUCCCAGAAGACACAGGAGAGCGAACUCUCGAACGUGGACAUAGCCAGAGGAUUCAGUGAAGUAGAUUCAGCCGACAGAAACUGUGCGAGCUUUUCGAAAUCUAUGGAUAACGAUUGUCAGGAGGAUAAGAAUCAAUCCUCGAGCACUAACGUGAACGUUUUAGACUCUAAACCGGAGGAUCAGAACGAGGACGAGGAGGAUAAAAAUCUAGAGAGUGGAAGGAAAGCAGUUAGCACCAGGAAGUCAAUGAGGAUCAUCGACAAGAGCUCUUCUGACUCUAGUAUCGAUUCUGGUACACGAAAGUCCUCUAGGAUUCUCGACAAGAACGCUCAAAAAUGUACUGACUCUAAGGAAUUGGAAAUUGACUCUCAAGGAACUGACUCUCAAGAACUGAACGAAGGUGUACCAACCUAUGAGAACUUUAAGCGCGACAUCAAAUCUAAGGAACUUGCAUCAAGUAAUGCCAAGUCUACUGAUAGCAAUGAGAAUCUGGCUGAGACUUUAUCGUCCACCGCAACUGUUUCUGAUAAUUUACUAGAGGAACAUUCCUUGCCGAAUCCUAGUGGAUCGGAAACUGACACCUGUUUAAAUACGUCACUGAGAUCGGAUGAGUCUGAAACCCUGGAAAGUAUUUCACGCGAGGUCGAGAGACUCGUCGCGGAAAGUUCGGCGAACCAGGAAACCCCGAAGAAUUCCAUAAACAGUGAGCAAUCUCCAAAUGUAGAUACUACCGAGAAGGAGACAAAGGAAAGUGAGAAUAUGGAGGAAGUUGAAGAGAAGGAUGACGACCCAAUAGAUUCUGAAACGGAUGCGGAAGCCAAUAGAUAUUUGGAAGCCUUGGAGACGUCCUUUGCUGACUCUGACGCUUUAGCCGUGGCCAAUGAGAUCAGCGAGGUCCUUGACGAGGAGAAGAUUCAUCAGAAUGAGUCUGACGGCUCCAUCGAGACUCAAAAUGAGAAUAAGGAUUCUCGCGAAACAAACGGGGCUACUAAAACCCUCAGAAACCAUUGUCACUCAUCUACCACUAAUGGCUGUGAUACGAAUUCCGAAAACUCUAUCAAGAACCUAGCUCAAAAUUCAUCUUUGCCUUCCAAGGAGAAGGUUACGGAUACUGAAAGUACAGAGAUUACAGAAGUUGCUGAGGAUGCUGAUAAAUCAGUUGUAUCAAAUUUAAGCAUAAACGCCAACGUCCCCAGCGAACUGAGUCUGGGUAAACAAAAAAAUAACCAGGAUCUCGUGGUAGAGAUGGUGAUUGAUAAUGAGAAGUCUGUCAACGAAAAGAACACGGAUGAACAGAAAUCGACAAACGAGGAAACCCGACGAGUCUUAAGGACACGAGAUAGGCAGAAGAAAAUAGAAACUAGACAAAAAUCGAGAAGCAUCGAACGCAGUGAAGUAAAGGUCAAGAUCGAGGAAGAUAUCGUUCAAAUGGAUAUGGAUGACAAUCAGGGUUCAUCGUCGGAAGAGCGAGCAACUCCAGAGUCAAGGACGAACCCGAGAGCUGACGCAGAAAGUGGUCAAAUUACUGUUAAAGUCGAUGCGGAGCCACAGAUCCGUACGAGACGAAGCAGGGAGGUCAAAAGGCGUAAAGAGGAUCAGCAGCAACAACAACAAAGUACAAUCAAGUCCAAGCGCAGUAAGCGUGAUACGAGAAAAUCUGAUCAACAAAAUAAAGAGGAGACAUUAUUAGAUAAUGAAGUAGCAAAGAUCAAUGAGAAUAAUCGUUCUCAUGUAAGCAAGUACGGCAAGUCUCUAGAAGAUAGUGAGAACUUCAGAGGAUUCUCUGAAGGUGGCCGGGCACGAGGAAACAAGGUAGAGGACGUAGUGGAGACCAUCCGUAGUAAGUCCGAAAACGAUCUUGAGAGUGUGCAGAAUGAAUCUGAAAGUAGCGGAACUCUUUCAAGGACCAGACCAGAUAGUCACACACCCAAACAGACUGACAAUAUAGAUGCGACAUCGGACAGCGAAUGUAAAGUCACAAAAACUCCUGAAACCUCCCAGAAGGACUCUGACGAAGCAUCUACUUCCGGCGAGUCCUCCAGUAGCGCCGGUCUCACAUCCAAGAUCCUGGAGACACCUGAAGACAAAGCCAAGAAGGAGUCUAUCCUUCGUCUACUGGGAUUAGAGUCCCUUGAGAAAGCUGCUGAACGUAUGAAUCAUCAAAAAGCAAAGAAAGAGCAGUACACGGGUACCCUGAAGACGGUGAUCAGGGUCCAGAAGGAAAAGGACAAGGACAAGAAGAGGUCGCGCUCACCCUUGAAAAUGGUAUUGAAACAAGGUCGUGGAGAUGGUGAUGGCGAUUCGCCAGAAUUUUACACCAUUCAAAAGGAGUUUGGAACCAGUGGUUUGGGAGAUAGCAGCUCUGGUGCGAACCGCAAGUUCACUACUAACCACAGACACUCUUGCGACGAGGACAACGAGGAGGUGCCAUCCAAGGAUCGUCAGUCCUUGGUGAUACCUGAGAAAUCAUCAUCCUUUUCGAUUCAUCCUGGUCGACUCUGUGCUGACGUUUGCUGCUAUUGCUUUGGCAAAUUCGGAUCCCUGGAUACACCUAUGCACCUGGCGCAAAUGAGAUCUGAUGAAAGACGUAAGAAAAUCUUAAACGCCGAAAGACAUCUCACCAAGGAUUCCUGUCUGUGCGAUGCUUGUUAUCGCCAUGUUGACAGAAAAGCAAACACGAGUCCAACGAAUUUGCAAACAAAACCUCAGAGACGGCAACUCAUGGUGACAAAGUGUACAGCAAGAGAUUGUAGGGAACCAGCGCGGCAUCAUGUGAAACGUUGGUGGCUUUUUAAGAUCAAGGCGGGUCUUCAAAACCAGACACACGUGGAUAUUGAUUGGGAAUCUACACAACAUACAUCCCCAUCGUUUUGUGUGAAUCAUUAUUCGAAAAUCGAAAAGUUCUUGACGUGUGCCCUGUGCAAACGUCGUUUGGUACGCAAUCAUACCCACCAGUUAGUCACCGCUGAAACUGAUGAGCUGAAUCAGCGACUAAGACAGCAGGGUAUUCCCGUACUUCUUACCACGGACACUUUUGUGUGUAAGCUCUGUCGUUACUUUGCACAGCUACAGCUUAAGUAUAAGGAUGUGGAAAAUAUGAAUGCCAAUCACAGGUCGUUCUGUAAGAGUUAUCGAAAAAGAAUCUUGCAUUGUCUUGAAAUUGACGUGCUGGAGAACGAGGAGGAAGAGACUGCGCAAGGGCAGUCGACCAAGGAGAAGAGUAAACGUAAAAAGAACAAGUGCUCGCAGCAGAGUAAAAACAGCAGUUUUAAAUUGCCUGACGGGACGAACAAUUCCACGUCGGAGAAGUCGACGCCAGAACCAAGCAAAAAUGAGGGGACCAAUUCUGAGACAAGCAGUGAGAAUCGUACGAAAGCGAAUCCAAGUGAGGAGACGAUGCAGACGGAUGUUCAGGUUCUGAGUAUUGAGAAUAACGAGGAGAAUCUAAAGAAGCGAAAGUCAAUUGAUUCUCAAGUUUAUCCUGGUAAUUUGUCCUUGGCUUCCGAUGGCUCGAAUGAGGUUGUUGAGAUCUUGGCGAUGGAUAGGGAAGUCACCCUCACCAGGUUGCCCAAGAGACCGAAAACGAACAAUGACAUAAAUCCUGUGGUACAGAGACUUGGUGCAAAUCCUUCUAUCAGUGUCCGCACUCUUUUCCCCGGGGAGGAGGAGAUGAAUCUCCACACGAAUAUCGAAUUCAAUAACGUUCGCGAGGUCACUCCUCAGGGUUGGGAGAAAUGCACGACGAUGAUACAAUAUGACCGGGACACAAAGAUCCUGUGGCAGGAACUUCAGAGGCCUUACGGCAAUCAAAGCUCAUUCCUCAGACAUUUGAUACUCUUGGAGAAGUAUUACAGAUCCGGAGAUCUUGUAUUAGCACCGAAUGCCUCACGCAAUGCAAUCAAUUACUCCACCUCGGUACAAAAUCGGUUAAUAUCGUACGAAGGUCCUGAAAAAAUGGACGAACCGAUAAUGGAGCCGAUAUCUGCUGAGUACAGUAAUUCGCGCAGACUUAGCGGGGGUUACGUGCUCGAAAGAGACAGGCUUUCCUUACCAAGCACAAGUUCCUUGAUAUCCGCUGGCUACAAUCUGCCAGGUACUUCCCAAUCUGCAAAGAGCAGCCCACCACGGGUCCUCAAACUGAAUCCCGGUGUAUCGAUCAUCAAGAAACCUCCGCCAAAUCUACAACGUCUCAGUUUCCCGUCAACAAGCGCAACAAAUGGAGCACUAAGACGCAAAGAGGGUAACAAGGUCUCGGUGACGUCAGGUGGCAAGGUCUUUCAGCUGAGCGAACCGGACUUCAAGCGACUGCAAACUCUGAAAAGGCAGAAGCAGCUGCUCAACGAGAAGCAGUCUCAGAAUCCUGGCAGUUCUUCAGGAACUUCAAGUUCACCAACAGGACCAAAACCUCCCACACAAUAUCAAAAGGCCCAAAUCGCAGCACAGACCCAAUUUCAAAAGCACCUGCGGAUACAGCAGGAGAUGUUAAGUCGUCAGAGUAGAAGCGACUUCGAACCUCUGAUAUGCGACGUACGCAGUGCGUCCAAUGAGAACAGUAGCAGCACCCCGACCCAAAAUCUACUCAGCAACCUGAACUUGCCCAAGUCCAUACAGGUGACGACAAAGCCACCAAACCCUAUUCCAAUAUUGCCAAAAAUUCCGAAGUCCCUCACGGUGAUACCGCAGACGGUCCCUAGACCCGCUGACAAGUGAACAUCUCCUGGCCCAGUACAUGGGGCACCAGGAAGUGAAGCUAUUAUCACACAGGAUAAAUGAUUUAGCCGAAGAGUCAGAAAAAAAUCUAUCAUUAAGAUUUCUUAACGCCAUAUCCCCUCUUCACCUUCCAUCGUCGCAGCACGAAGAAGAAGUCACAGCGUAAAACUGCCUUCACGAUAAUAAGUAGUGCGCAAUUCACAUAACGCGAACUUACUCGAAACGACAUAAAUCCACUCUAAUCAAUUCAAUUAACAAAAACUAUUCUUGUGAACGUUACUAUUUUCGAGAUACGUUAAAACAAUAUAAGAUUACGUACACAUGGACUCUAUACGAUUGCAUCAGGAUUAAGCGAACUAGUAAGAAGAGGUGAUUAAACUAGAUAAUAAAAAAAUAUAUAUAUACAGACACAAGCGCGUUUUCACAGAACGGUAGGUUCUUCACGUAUUUCAACCAAAGCAGAAGAGUUUACACGAGCGUAAUAAUCUGUUCACCCAAGAAAAGUGCCUAAAAGUGACACGGAUGAAAUAGAGAGUCGUUAGUUUUUAUUCGUCUAAUAACUAAAUAUUACAGAAAUGCUGACUUAAGACAGCAUAAAUGUAUACACAGACAUACACACACAUACACAUAAAUAUACAUAUAACGAGUUAUAGUUGAAAAGUACCAUAUCAGAAUAAUACCCGAGUACUUUCCAUUUUGCGUUCAUUUCAUUAUUUAAUAAUUUAGAUUCCAACGGGAAUGCUCGAGCUUCGUGAUUAUAACGAGUAAUUUACUGAAACUUUUAAUGAUGGACGAACCCAUUGGCAGCGUUCGCGUAUUAACGCUGAUAAUUCUUUAUAUUUUAACUUUUUCUUUUUUUCGAUCUGUAUACCGAAACGUUGACACGAAACCAAAAGUGUUUAUGCGUAGUAAACGCGAAUAAUUAUUGUCGCUUAGACACUGUCGAUGCGCCACUUUUAUUUUGAACAGUCUAGAACAGCAUCGGCUUCCUUGUCUUUUGGCAAGAAGCUUCCGUUGAGAAAAACGGAAAUUAAAUGUGAUUGGGAGCUUUGACACUCUUUAUUUUUUUUAUUUUUUUUUUUUUUUUCUACGUGACUGGACAUUAUUGUUGUACCCACGUAUAUAUAUAUUUGUAUACAUAUAUGCAAGAUUAUUCAGGACUGUUAAAUCACCCGAUCGUAGUUCAGAGUUCUGUCCAUUUGAUUUCUAUUAAUGCCAGUGGUAGAACCAUGUUCAGGUGAUUCGGUAGUCCUGAAUAAAUCUGUAUAUGUAUACAGUAUUAUUUUUUUCGAAUAACGGAAACGAAGCACUUCCCGGUUCGUCCUGAGAUUUCUACAUAUUCGCCUUUUGAGAGACGUCGAGGAGCAUAAUAAUAAUUGUUUCUAAUUAUACAGACGGAAUUAGGUUAUUAUAUAAACAAUAAAUGAACUAGGUAUAGGAGUUGAGCUUAUUUAUUACAGGACUACUUUACUGCAAUGUACAUAAAUUAAUAGAUAACGAUUAGCUGAUAAAUAAUCGAAUGAUCGAACGACGCUCACGUUUGCGAUCGCGAGGCGAGCCUGAUUGUUGUGGAAGGGAAAGGAAAAAUGGCGCGCGGGACAGAUCAGCAUUUCCUUUAUUAUUUUCUCUCUCUCUCUCUCUCUCUCUCUCUCUCUCUCUCUCUCUCUCUCUCUCUUUCUCUCUCCAUGUGCUCUAAUGGGAAACGAUAUGCGUUAAAACUAUCGUGUCUCUUUCUUUCUUCUGUUGUUCAGAGUCCGCAAACACGUGCUGUAAGCAGCACAAAAGAAUGGACGCUCGCGAUUCGCAAUCGUUUUGCGUCAUAACAAGUGAUAAUUCGACUGUACAUAGUUAAUAAUUAAAUUAAUCAAGACGAAGAAGAAUGGAAGGUGAAAUAAGCGCGGGCUCGAACUGUUCGGAAAUUUCGAAUCGCAGAAGACACAAGGAACAACGUUAACAGUAUAUAUUAAAAACAAAAGGCGUACAAUGUAUCAAGAAGGAGUCGACGAAUGAUUAUACUUUUACGAAGUUUGAGAAUUGAAGACUCGCAAAGUCCAAAAAUCGAUUAUGGCACUUCGCCACGAGGAUCUAGAUGAUUUUACGAAUGAUCGGCAGAGUCGCCUCUGUACUUUGCGUAUCUUGCAAUCGUUAAGGAUGAAUUGACAAGUGACAUGAGACUGACAGUUGAGUAUUCGGUAGAACUUAUUGGACAGUGAAAAAAAAAAAAAUACUGUAAACUGUUUUUGAGCGAGCCUGUACAUUCAACUGGGAACACGUUUACAAGGCUGGACGGACACACGAAUGCGGCAAAUAAUAUAAAAUUUUGAUUUGAAAAAAAAAAAUUCUGAAAUGGAUACAGUGCUUGGCGAUAGCACGCGAUAAGCGGAUGCACUCGUGAGGCGCGCCUAUAUACAUAUAUAUAAAUAUAUAUAGUGAAAAUGAAGUAUAAUUGAAAAGGUACGCGAAUGUACGUUAUAUAUAUAAAAUGCUCUAUUUUACUAAGGAUAUUUUUGAUAUAUCUAUAUAUAUAAAUAUAUGUAUAUCGAACUAAAGUGAAUUAUUGCAGUCGCUUGAUAAUCAAUUGUUGACAUAGACUUUCGCGUCUGGACGGAAAGAGAUGAGAGGGAGAAUGAGAGAAAAAGAACGAUAACGUGUCGUUGUUUACGACUGUGGCAAGGAGUCUUCUUGGGAUACUGGCGAGUUUUCGUAUCUCGGUAACGUCUGCGCAAAGACAUAUUAUUUUUUGUAUAUUACAUAACCCCGAGCCAGGAAGACGCGUCCGUGCGUUUUGGUUCUGAAAAAUCGGCCUUGCGACUGGAUGCGUAGAAAGGGUUAAAAGAAAAUUGAUAAUGAAUCGAUAUACCUCGUCAGUAUCCGGGCACUCUUUUUCUUUUGGUCUAAAGUGCCCCAGGUAAACAGUGGACCCUUCAACGAGCAGACAAGAGUGAACGGAAGUGCGCGAACUGAGUUUAAGUUUUAAGAAUUCUAUUUUUCUGGUGGCAGAGAAGGGGAUAUAAACUAUUGUAAACGGAACCGAAGGCGUGGCUGAUUAUCGUGGACCUGAUUUUCUCCUCGUGAUUCGACCGAGCAGGGACGAAUUAAUUAAUUAAAAAAUCCGACGACCUCGAGGACAUCGUCGAGGAUGCUUCGUCGAAGCUCGUCGACGAGGAGAUUCUGAGUGUCCGUAAUUUAUAAUGUAGGAAAACGAUAUGUAAAAGGACGGUUAAGCGAGUAGAUUGUCAAAGAUAGCGUUAGCAUGAAAGUACGUGAGAAUGAGAGAUAUUUUACAAGCAAUAAAGCGAACAGAUUUGUAAUCGGGGUGCAACGUGAGCUGCGUUGGGCUUCGACGAUGAUUCUUUUUUUUUUUUUAAAUUAGUUUUUAGAUUGACACUCGAUUGGUCCUUGUUGCAUCGCAACACCCUAAGUGUGCGAGGAAGCACGUGAGGCUCGUUGGGUCCCCGAUGUGUGCCUGAGAAUAAUCUUCGUGUGCGGAACUACCCUUUGAACUCUCGUCGAGGGUUUCUCCGGUCGAUACGAAGGAUUAGGGGUAGAGUGGGGAGUGACGAGAAUCGAGAAUUGUGUAUGUUAAGUGAUAGGGCGGCGUAGAUGCGCUGAACGCUCAAAAAGAAUGAAGUGAAAAAAAAAAGAAA